UUAGACAAAUCGGCGAGCGAGUUUCAAAGGUUCUUAUUUUAUUUGCAAAUUGCAAUCCGAAGUAAAUAAAAUUUUUAUGAUAGAAAAUAAAAAAAAAAAAAAAUAGAAAUAAGUGAUGGAAAAUUUUAAUAUUUAAAAGAAAAUUAUUUUGUUUCUUUUUUUUUUAGAAAAAUAUUAAAAUCAAAUAAAGUUAAAGUGUACGACGGUGUGUGCAUGAUUUGCUCAAAUUUCUAUAAUAAAAAAUAAUAAAAGUAAAUUCUACUUGUAUUGAUUUUUUAUUUUAUUUUUUUUUAAAGUGUAGUGAGUCAAUUAAAUAACGCAAAAAAAAAUAAAGAAAACCUAUAAAAGAAAAUUUUUAAAUUUAAAAUACAAAUGUUUUUAUUUUAAAUGUGAAAAACUUAUAAAAUUAUUAUUUUAUAAGAAUUUUUAUUUUUCUAAGUUAUCUGUAUAAUAUAUGUAUGUAUGUAAUAAAAACCGCAUAUAUUCAAUCGCAUUAUAUCUACUAAUAAAACUUGGUAGCUCACAGAGAGAAAAAAAAAAUAUAUUUAAAAAGUAAAAGUAAAUUUUAAAAGAUUAUUAAUAUUUGCAAUAUUGUUAAAAAAAAAGUGAAUUUAGCAAAAAUAUACGAAAAAUAUAACAGUUUUUUUUUUUGGAUUAAAUGAAAAAUAAGCAGCUUCUAUUGAUUCGUUUGGAAAAAUUCUAUCUACAAUAAAUAAAUUGGAUUUCAUUUUAAAUUCAACAAAAAACAUCUAUAAAAACUUCUAAAUUAAAAAUGUGUAAAUAAAUCACAAAAUUAAAAUUAAAUUUUCAAUAAAACAUAAUAAAAACUUUGGAUUACUCUUUAUGGAUCAACAAAUCUUCUUCAUUGUAAAUUAAUUAAAAUAUAAUAUAGAAAAUAGAAAUUUAUAAUAGACAACUGAUUGGAGAAAAAAAAAGAAUUUUUAAUAUAAGGACUUACGUAUAUCAGAAAUAGAAUAAGGAUUUUAUUUUAAGGAAAAAAAUGACAGACAAUUUGGCAGAAAAACUUUUAAAAUAUCCGACUGCAAUAGGUCGUUUUUGUUUUGUGAUAAUAAAUAAUAUUUAUUGUAUACCAACAUAUGUUGUUUGGAUGGGACUUUUAUUACCAUUAAAACGAUUAAAUCCAGAUGCAUAUUAUAAAAUUGAGGGACUAUUAUUUCAUUGGUUAUUAGCUGUAGUAUCAUUAUGGUCAUAUACAGCUGGUUAUAACAUUGUAGAAGUUGGGGAUGAUAUUGAAGAAUGUCGAACAAAAAAAACUCUUAUAAUCGCAAAUCAUCAAAGUACAGCCGAUGUUCCAUUAUUAAUGGCAAAUUUUAAUGCUAAAGAGGGUGUUCUACCAAAUAUUAUGUGGAUAAUGGAUCGAUUAUUUAAAUAUACAAAUUUUGGUAUCGUUAGUAUAAUUCAUCAAGAUUUUUUUAUUGCUUCAGGUAAAGGAAAUCGUGAUGAAUCAGUGGAAUGUCUUAAAACCCAUAUUAAAAAUUCAUUUCUAAAAAGAAAUCGAAAAUGGAUGGUACUUUUUCCAGAAGGUGGUUUCUUAAGAAAACGUCGUGAGGUUAGCCAACGGUUUGCUAAAAAGAACAAUUUUCCAUUUCUUCAACAUGUAACAUUGCCGAGAGUUGGUGCAUUAAAAGCAAUUAUGGAUGUAAUGGUUGAAGAAGCAGUCAAAUCUGAUAAUACUGGAAUAACAAAAUCUUGUAAUAAAAUUAAUACUGAUAUGGAAAGAAGUUCAUUAAUUAAUAAAAAUGAUAACACAUAUAAAAAAAUUGAGGUACCAUCAAUCACAAGCUUUAACACAACUUAUGAAUCAUCGUCAGCAAUACCAUCAGAUUCAGGUACUUCAACAUCAACAACUACAACAACUUCAGCAACAUUAUUAAAACAACAAACAACAAAAGAAUUUAAUUUAGAAAAUGAUACUGAACGAAACUUGACAUCAUCAUCAUCAUUAUCAACAUCAUCAUCAACAUCAUCGACUGAUAAAAAUAAUUUAGGAGCGCAAGUAAAAGAUGAAACAUUGCCAAAUGGAAAUUCAGGAUUAAAAAAGAAUUUAAUAAAUUUAAGAUCAUCGGCAAAUACAAAUACAGCUAAUACAAAUAUAGGUUGUACAUCAUCAAAUAAUAAUAAAAAUUCAGAGAAUAGUUUACUUGAAUAUAUAUUGGAUAUAACAAUAGCAUAUCCAAAUGCAAUACCAUUGGAUUUACCGAAUAUUGUACAUGGUAUUAGAAAACCAUGUACAACAUAUAUGCUUUAUAGAUUAUAUAAAGUUUCAAAUAUACCAAAAGAUGGUGAAGCAUUAACAAAAUGGUUAUAUGAUCGUUUUGUUGAAAAAGAACAAUUAUUGGAAAGAUUUUAUCAAACUGGUCAAUUUUAUUUAGAUCGUACUAUGAAUAAUGGUCAAGUGAUACAACAAGAUUUAUUAAGAUUCGUUUUAAUUAAUGUAUUUUUUAUUACCUCAACAUAUUUUCAUUAUCAAAUGUUUACAUCGUUAUAUACGUAUUGCUUACAUUUAACGUAUGGUGCAUCAUAAUAAUUUUAUUAUGUAAUAAAAAAACUAAUUAUAAAUAAGAUAUUUUCUUUUUAAAAAUUAAGCAAAAAAAAAAAUAAAAUAAAUUCAAUUAAAAUAAAUAAUAAAAAAAAAACAAAAUUGACAUUACAUAGAACAGAAAAAAUUAAUUAAAAAUUUCAAAAAAGAAAAAUUUUAUUAGAUUUUUGUCUAAGUAGAUUCUAAAAUAAUUAUUAUUAUUAUUAAAUAUAUGAUUUUUAAUUAUAAAUAUUACGUAUGUAACAGAAAUAUUGUACAUUUAUAUUUAAUAACUAUGUUUCUUUCCUUUAAAAUUAAAUUAAUCCUUAUAAUGUAAAAAUUUUAAAAUCAAUCAAACAAAAACAUUUUUUUUUCCAAUUCCAAUAUAAUAUACAUAUAUAGAAUGAUAUAUUACAAAAAAAGCUUAAUUAUUAUUAAAUUUUAAAUUAUUUGUAACAUAAAUAAAAAGAAACUUUCUUUAAAUCACAACAUCAAUUAAGUAAUUUAAAAAUUUUAUUUUUUUUUUAUUUGUAAAAACAUAUUUGUAAAAACAUUACAGGUUUUCAAAAUUAUAAAGUUUUAAUUUAAAAUAAACUAGAACAUACAGAGUUUUUGUAUUUAUAUUUUGUGUAAAUUAAAAUCUUUUUGAUUUUUUUUUUUGGUAAUUAAAAAAAGCAUUGGAAUAUAGAAAACAUUGAAUUUCAAAGGCAUUCUUUUGUAAAUUUUUAUUUUAACAACGCAUUUUUAAUCCAUUUGUCUAACAUAGUGCACAGACUUUAAAAUUUCAUCGUGCAAAAUUGCCACAAAAGGAAAUUCAAAAAACAAUUACUCGAAGAAAUUUGAAAAGUCAGUACCAAUAUCUCUACACUGGGACAAAAUGGCUAAAUAUUGUAAUUUAUAAUAUGCUGACAUCAAUAAUUCAAUAACGUAAAUAAAUUUCUAUAAGAAAUAACAACAAAAAAUAAUAAUUUUUCUGCAUUUUUGUCGGCUUAGUUAUAUAAUAUAGAAUUUAUUUAUUAAAAUUAAAAAAAGAAAUUAUUUAUUAUAUCUAAUAAUCAAUUAGAUUUUGUUUAUUAUUUAUAUAUAAAUUAUAUUAUUAUUAUAAUAAUUUUGUUAGCCAAAAAUUAUUAUUCCGCCCUUUAUUUCAAUUAUUCUAGCGAAUAAUCAUUUUUGUA